AUGAUUAUCACCAAACAAAACAGGCGCACCAUCUACGAGAACCUCUUCAAGGAGGGUGUUCUGGUCGCCAAGAAAGAUUACAACGCGCCGAAGCAUGAAGAACUUGAUGUCCCUAACCUUCAGGUCAUAAAGGCCAUGCAGAGCCUGACCUCCAAGGGCUUCGUUAAGACCCAAUUUUCGUGGCAGUGGUAUUACUACGUUUUGACUCCUGAAGGUGUUGAUUAUCUCAGGGAGUGGCUACACCUCCCCAACGAGAUCGUCCCUUCGACUCACAAGCGGGCCGCUCGCCCUCCGCGCCCAGCAACUGUACGCCCUGGUGGUGGCGACGGUGCUUACCGCGCACCUCGCGGCGACCGCGAUGAUUACCGGAAGAAGGAGGGUGGUGCACCCGGCGAUUACAGGCCAUCAUUCGCGGGUGUUGGUCGGGGUGCACCUAGAGAUUAG